AUGUCUGUGCCAUUAAUCAAUAGAUCGUUGACCACAAUCCGUACGGAACUUGAAUUCUUGUAUGAUUCAGAAGUGAUCACCAAUGAACUCUAUGAGAAAUUUUUGUCAGCUCUUCCACAGAAGUAUCUGAAAGAUAUGCAACCAAGCGGAGUUGAAAAAUUAAAUGAAAAUAGCAGUGACAAAUUAGCAAACAGCUUGGAAAGUACUCACAUAUCAGCCCCACCACCAUCCGGUCCACCCCCAUCAUCUACAAAUGCCAGUAAGCCUGUUGGUUACUGUACAGCGGUCUACGACUACAGCGCUCAGGAAGGAGAUGACAUCCACUUAAAAAAAGAUGACAAAAUUGCCGUUGUAGAACACCUCUCGCAAGAUUGGUGGAAGGGAUACAAAAAAGGUCAAGACGCAAGUUCCGCGGGUGUGUUCCCAUCGAAUUAUGUAAAAGUGAUAUCGGAGCAGGAAUUCAACAAUACUGUGCGUGCCCAAGCGGACAAGCCUCAUGAAAACGAGAAGGCAAGAUACUCACCACAACCACCUCAAUAUGACCAGCAACAACAACAACAACAAUGGAAUAAUCAACAACCACCAUAUCAAUCGCAAGGUUCAUACAGCCAGUUCCCUCCUCCAUCUACUAACUACUACCAGCAGCCACAGCAGGUGCAACAGGCUCCACCUCAAGAACAACAGCCCCAACAGCAGCAAGGAAACCUGCACCCACAUUUAAAGAAAUUCGGUAGCAAAUUGGGUAACGCUGCGAUUUUUGGUGCCGGUGCUACAAUUGGUUCAGAUAUUGUGAACUCAAUCUUUUAA